AUGAAAAGGACCAAGUCCACAGAGCGCGCGGCUCGUAUCAGUGACCUUGAGUUGAGACACCAAGACAACGUCCAUCAGAUUGACCUCACAGGCCGUGAUGAGGAAGCUCGUCUCCUAAAGCUGCGACUCUUGACGCUUCGCGAUGAAAAUUCGUCCCUGAAGGAUCGGCUGGUCCAACGAGAUGCUCUCGUGAAGCAGAUCACGAAAAAGGGGAAAGAUGUGCAUGCUGAGCUUGCCGAGGCGAAGGAGAAACUGAAAGCCCAAGAAAUGCAGCUCAGAAAACAGGGCAACGAGCUGGAAGGCCUCAAGGUAGGGUAUAAUCUACAACACGGCCAUCAGAAAGUCCGCCUGACACAAAGCCAGACCGAAAUCAGUUCUUUGAACGACUUCAGACAAGACUCAACCAAGGUCUUGCAGGAGAAACUCGCCCUCAGCCAUAAGCUUGACCAGAUCCAGCCUGAGAUUGAACACCUCAAGACGCAACUCGAACACCAUCGCGCCGUCAUCGCCCAGAAGCAGGAUCUCGAGCGUCAGCUUAGUUCGAUCGAGGUUGAACUCGAAAAUGAGAAGCGAUCAAAAAAACGCAUGCAAUCCAAGAAUCAUGACAAUGAUCAAGUGAAGGAACAAUUGGACGAAGCGAAAAGAGAAUUGGAGAAGCUUAAGAAAGAACACUCCAGAGAGCUACGGGAAGUCCGCGGUGAAUGUGACAUGCUCGAAGGCCGCGUGGAGGAUACGAGGAGCAAACUGAAGAAGACGCAGGGAGACCUCAAGGAAGCACGAGCUGAGCUCGCGUCUUGUCGCGCUGAACUGGAGGAAGCUCGUAAGGCUCUGGCGACUAACAAGUCAAGCAAGAAGAAUGUCACGAUGAAGGAACAUCCCAUUGGAAAGAAGAGAGCCCAGGACUUGAGCAUGGAAGAUAUCAGCAUCGGAACCCCAGGCCCAGAUGAGGCAACCCUGAGACGGCCUUCCAAGAAACGAGGUGCUGAGCGCGCCUUGGUAGGAGAGAAGUCGACGUUCUCAAUCACGCCCUUUUUGAACCGUACCAAGAAUCUCUCGGAGAACAUGUCAGAUGAGCUAAGCGAACUUCACUCACCCACUGGGAAGUCUACAGGCGCCUCGGGACCCGUUGCCUUUGAAGAUGUUGGACCAGAAGCUGGCGAUUCUAUAUCUAUGGAGCCCAUAGAGGAGGCUGCAGAGCCAGAUCAUCAAGCUGAAGAUGAUGCUGUCGCCGAGGAAGCGGAGCAGCCAAAAGCACAAAAGGCCCGGGGCAGACCAAGGAAAGCCCUGGACGAGGCGCCAACAACCAAGAAGAACAUGCCGGUCCAGGCAAAGAGAAAGACCAAGGUAGCCAAGACUUCUAGUAGAGUCGAGAUGAUAGCCGAAGUUGACGAGGCUGACGAACCGGAAACUGAACCUAUCGAGAAGCCCAAGAAGGUGCCGGGACUGCUGAAGUCUAACCCUGCUACUGCGUCGUUGCGAAAUGGAAACGAUGAUGCAGAUACACGCAAGAAGAAGCGGAAGCAGCUUGGAGGCGGCAACAAGACUCUGUUCGACGAUGAGGAGGCGGAACCAGCUCCCAGACCAGCAAAGAUCCAGAUGGCGGCUGGGCGUAGGCUCAAGGCACCGCUGGGAAAUGUUCGUGGUGCAUUCGGUGGAGCAACAUUCUCGCCUUUGAAGAAGGAUAGGCGAGGAGUCCCAAGCCUGGGCUGGAAGUUCAGCCCAUGCUUGCUUCAUUCACUACCAGCAGCUGAAUCGAUCCGAUGGUCCUCAUCAGGGUCUCGUUGGAAACAGCGACAGGGCCGUGAUGCGUAUGCACGAGGUGCAAAGGUUCAAGGGCUCAAAAGCCGAGCAGCUUUCAAGCUCCUAGAAAUGGACUCCAAGUACAAGCUGUUCAAAGGCAAUGGGCAGACAGUGGUUGACCUGGUUGCCGUGGAAAGGACGAGACCGAAUGGCCGGGUCAUCGGUAUCGACCUCAUCCCAGCCCAGCCGCCUCGUGGUGUAGCUACAUUUCAGGGCGAUUUUCUCUCGCCAGUUGUUCAGGAGAUGGUCAAAAAUUUCAUUCUUGAAAGCCAUCAGAACCCACCUGUUGGUCAGGAAACUGAGAAAUCCGACAGCUCUGUCACAGACCAAGGUAUCACGGUCGACCGCCCUAGCUAUCUCGACAUGGAGCGACACACGGGGCAAAACGAGCCACCAGCAUCUGGUCUAGAAGGACCAAGCAAGCGCAUCGUCGAUGUUUGUCGAUUACCUCUUUCUAGAAAACCUUUCAAGAUGCUGAUGCUCUCGCAGGUUGUUUUGAGUGACAUGUCAGCACCCUGGGAGCAAACCACCGGCUUUAGCGUGAAGACAUUGAGUAAUCCCUAUCAUAGGUUGAUGAACACGAGCGGAAACGGCUUCCGUGACCAUGUGGGCAGUAUGGACCUUUGCGCUGCUGCUCUACAGUUUGCUAGCGACACUCUUCGAUCUGGGGGACAUUUCGUCUGUAAAUUCUACCAGGGACCCGAAGAUAAGGAAUUCGAGAAAAAGUUGAAAACUCUCUUCACCAAGGUUUUCAGAGAGAAGCCUGAUUCUUCAAGAAAGGUACAUGAUGCUCCAGGCCUCGAUAUAACCUACUAA